GCGCCGGGUCCUGUGGUUGGGGACAUAACGAGGCUGCCGGGCGGGGAGAGCGGAGCGGGGCCCGGGAUGUCGGUAAACAUGGAGGAAUUACGACAUCAGGUCAUGAUUAAUCAGUUCGUGUUGACUGCAGGGUGUGCGGCGGACCAGGCCAAGCAGCUACUGCAGGCGGCACACUGGCAGUUUGAGACUGCUCUCAGCACCUUUUUCCAAGAAUCCAAUAUCCCCAGCGCUCAGCAUCAUCCGCACAUGAUGUGUACACCAAGCAACACGCCAGCCACUCCGCCCAACUUCCCGGAUGCUUUAGCCAUGUUUUCUAAACUUCGAACCUCAGAGAGCUUGCAGAACAGCAGCAGUCCUGCCGCAUCAAACGCCUGCUCUCCUCCUGGCAGUUUUAACCCCUACUGGGCUUCACCACCACCUAGCCAACAGCCUGUCUGGCUGCCCCCAGCCUCCCCAACCACACACCUCCAUCACCACCACCACCAUCCACAACCAGCCUGGCCCCCAGCCUCCCAGCCUGCAGGGGGCCCCCAGAAAGCCAUGACUGCCAUGGAUGGCCAGAGAUAAGACUGGGCUUGAAUGCACUGAGGAAGAAGGGGAGGAAGCGGAGUGGUUCCCUGCUCUCCGCCUUCCUCCUGUUGAAUUUUAUGAACUGACUUUUAUUUUUUUUUUCUCAGUCUUUUAUUUUGUUUUAUAAUUAAGAGGUUCUGAAUUUUUUUGGGGAAGACCAGAGAAAGUGACCGAACGCUUAAGUAAUGUGUCUGCCCCCCUCCUCCCCGUUUCUUUUUUAAUAUAUAAUUAUAAUAUAUAAAGAUUUGAAUUUAUGUGAGAUGGUGGAGGAGGGGGACGGAUGUUCAUGAAGGCAUGCUGGAUCUAGAAGGAGCACCUUUUAACAGUUGCAUCAAAUGGAAAGAAAGCUUUAAGUGAUUGUCCCUCGUGCCCAGCACUCUUCCCCAGCCUGUGCUAGAACAGGAAGCGUGAACCCGCCUGUCCGCCAUUGUUUAGUAGAGCGUCGUGUCCACCUCCUCAUAGCACGUAGACUGGCGGCAUCAUGGUGUCUGCAUCGCCGAGCGAAGGGCAGUAUUAAGAAGGCAAGCGCUGGAGACUGGCAACAUUUUAUUUCCCCCUGCUCUCUCGGACGGACCAGCAUUGAUGGAGCUGGGCAUGUUUUAGUAGCAACUUCAUGAAUUAUUAAAUUUUGACACUUUAUUACGAUACCUCAACAGGACACAAUGGUUUUUACAGGCUUCUGGUUCCCAAGAAUACGUGCAUCUUGUUGCAGUGGAAAACACGCUUACUCCCUAGUUUUCUAUCUCCGUUCCUGAAACCAUGUCGGGUUAUUCCGUAUGGAAGAAUAACGCAAACUUCAGAUGUCACCUUUUUAUAAUGUUGCUUAAAGGGACAACAGCUAACGCAUUGCAGAGACUCGUUUUUCUCUCUCCCAUCUUGCUUCUAUUGCCCAACAAGGAGAUUACCACGGGCUUCUCCCAGAGCAAUAAGCGCACCAGAAGGUGACCCUGGCCACCAUUUUAUCUGAUCCCAUCCCUGACACUGUCAGCAGUCUAACGCCAUAUUACCCAGGUCAACUAACUUUCCUUUACCCUCAUGGCAAUGCAUUCACUAGAUCCAUGUGUAUGUGCUAUUUCUGAUUUAUAUAUGGGUAGGUCAUCAUCUGGCAUCCUGACUAAGGCUUCAGCAACGCUGCGACCCCCGUGGCUUAAUCAAAGAUUGCUGUGUAGCAGUGCAGUCUUGGAACAGAAUGGGGUCGCAGCAUGACUUGCAAAAAGUCCAGCAGCAACUUGCUGCAACCCGAUUUAGUUCACUGGUCGCACUGCUACGUGGCGAUCUUUGGUUAUGCGAUGGGUGUCACGGCCAAGAUUGCUAUGCAUCCCCAGCCUAAAAUGUGGGAUAUGCAACAUAGAGCUGAUGUCUAUGAGCGAUUGGGUCUGACACUGGCAAAAAGCAUUCCAUUAAAGGGAUUGUGUGAUCUCAGACUUUGAUGGUAAACCUUAGAGAUAGGUCUCCGAGGUAGGACCUGCACCUGUCUCCAGAAUAGGUCCCUGAAAGUGAAGAAGACUGUGUUCUCCAUUCAUUUCUAUGGGAAUAAAAAACCUUUUAUUUGACUCCAGUGCAGUAAAGGGUUGUCCCGGUAAGACAACUUAUUCCCUAUCCUGUGGAUAGGUGAUAAGUGCCUGAUUGGUAAGGCUCUUACCGCCCCUGGAGAUCACGAGAACGGAAGUCUGCUGCUUCAUUCAAUUCUAUGGGACUGCUGGAGAUGGCGGAGAACAAGCGCUUUGUUAUCUCAGGCUCUCCCAUAGAGGUGAAUGGAGCAACAGCGCACUAGAAAGCAGUGGCCCCCCGUUUUUGUGAUCGGCGCCGAUCGGACACUUCUCUCAUCCUUUGGAUAGGCGAUAAGUCAAUAACCCCUUUUAAGGGCGCCCUUUCAUACAUGAGGCCUGCGGCUAUGACCACGGAGCAGCGUCUACCAUUACCCACACACAGAAUAAUUUGGUCAUUCACAUUGAGAAAAACUGGUUUGUGAACCAGACCGAUGGGUCAUACAACAAGCUGCAACCUGAGCAAAAGUUUCCUCUAAAUCCGAUUGUUCUCAUGUGCACUGAAUAAUUGAUAGUUGCUAAGCUGGCCCGUGAUAUCAUCGCAUGUCAGGGCUGAGCCGCCAUAUUUCCGGGAUUUACGCUGGAGAUGCCUUUAGCACGAAAACUCUCACUAAAAUGCACUGAAGUUUUCUUACAAUUUUGGUAAUCAAGCCAAGAAUACCGUCAUCUACCUUAUCUCGUCAACUGAAAGAAUGCCUGGCUGAGACAUUGCUCACAGCGCUAGCGAUUUACCAUCACCAGUGGGUGGCGCUGUUCUGGUGGAAGCUAUGUCACCACACGCCUACAACUCAUGCUUUGCCUGCAUGACGCUUUAGGUUGCUGCUACGUGGGGGAGGGAUACGUCGGUCUAGUUUACCGAAUGGCUGACAAUCCUAUGGGUUAUAAGGAUUUGUUCCUGUUCUGUGAUUUUUGACCCGCUCCCGGUUUUGGCUCACAAUUGUUGAUGGAAAUCACUGUGAAUAAGGUCUAUUUUUUUGCGUGUUUGUGUCUGUGAUGACAUCUGAUAGUCACUGGCUCAUCUGUGCAGAUGUCCGUGUGUUAGGGCUCAUGCACACGAGCAUGUGUUUGCCCCGUGCUGCGGACCGUUAGAGGAUGCUGACCCAUGCACUUGAAUAGGUCCUCGAUACGCAAGAUACGUUUUGCACUGCAAAAUCCCACAGAAGCGCUUCAUAAUGCCUCCGCUCCAUAUCUUGCGGAUUGUGCACUCAUUCAAUUCAGUGGGUCUGCAUCCAUGAUGGCCGGUGCCCGUGUAUUGUGGACCCACAAUAUGGGCAAGGGGGAACACACGAUCGUGUGCAUGAUUUCAGAUGCAUCUACCAAUGGACCACAGCCCAAACACCCGUCGUUUUUCACAGACCCAUAGCCUAUAAUGUGCGUGAGGGAUCUGUAAUUAUGGACAGAAAUAGGGCAUGCUUCCAUGGUGUCUCCACGGCUGUGGGAAACCACUAAUGUGUGAAUAGCCACUUUAAAGUCAGUGGAUGCGUGAGCAAUCUGGAGACCACACUCCCAUGUGAGAAGCCUAAGGCUUAACUUUCAUCCCCCCAAACGGAACCCAUUCUAGUCAGUGGCUUUGGUCGGCAGCUAUGUGUCUAAGAGGGCAGUCACACGACCAUAUGUAUUUUUUGAUCUGCAAAAUGUGGGUGAUGUGUGUGCUGCAUCUUCUUUUUUUUUUUUACACACCCAUUGACUUCGGUGGGUCUAUGGUCCACAUUUGCGGGCAAGAAUAGGACAUACAGAUCAUUCAUGUGCUUUCCGAGUCUAUAUGUCUGUUCUACAAAAAGACAGAAUAUGUCCUAUAUCUGCUCAUAAAAUGCAGAUGCAACACGGACAUCAUCCAUAUAUUGCAAAAAUACAUCCGGCGGUGUAAUAAUCCGACACUUUUUGUUCAGGACAGGGAAGGCGCUAGCAGUGAUGUGCUCAGUUCUGUAGAGCCUAUUCAGCCAUGUCUCAGUUACCUUGGUAUACAAAGCUUUUGGGUGACCAUAGGGUUUUCACUUGGGGCUUCUUACCAUCCCUGUAGAAUUGUAUUCUGCAGAUGGAUAUGGAACUUGAGACAUCUGGAGAGCAGUGUGACCGCUCGGGGACUCUUUUCCAACAUGCGCUUGAUGCAGCGAUGUUUUUCUUGUGCCAUUUUUUUUUGGGGUGGGGACGGGGACAUUUUCAUGAUCUCCAAACCAACACUUGACAUCUGCUGAGUGCAGUAUCUUUUACGGCUGUAGCCCACAUGAGAGGCACUUCACUGUUGGUGAUAAACUAUUAGCCAUGGAAAUUCACAUAACAUAGAUGCCGGUUCAACGCUUUUGCUAGCAAUGAAGACGCCAUCAAGCCCUUGCUGUAUAAAAUAGUGGUCACAGAAGGUGAAAGAGGGACGUUACGCAAGCGCUUGUGGUUACGAAGGAGAUGAAAGUACGUGAGAGCUAACUCCAGUGGAUACGUACCAAAAAAGAAUGUUCUCACGGCCACGACCCUGUUUCUUAGUUUUUUUUCAAUUGGUGACCCGGGAAGCCAUUUAAUGCUGUGUCGGUGGCAGCUAACGAAUGCGGAGAAGUUGAGCCUCGGCAGUAGCAUUUUGAGGUUAUAGUUAUUAAUUAUAAUACAGUACACUGGUAAUAGUUGAGGUUGUAGCCUGAAAGGUGCAUCAAACCAAUGCAGGCCCCAGCGUCUCUUUGGUUAAAAUGAACAUUUAUGCACCGCCAAGAAGUGAGACGGUAGAAUGGGCGGCGAGUAUCUUCAGCUUUCUCCCCCACACGCGUGGUUAUUGGGUCAAAAUCAUGUUUAUAACCCAAGAUCUUGAUCUGAAGUAUUCUUUUUAAUUUAAAGGAAAAAAAAUUAAAAAAUAAACUUUUUUUUAACUCAAA